AUGGCGGAAAUCAGUUCCAAUUCCCCAAGAAUCUACGACGUUGUGAUCCUGGGAGCCUCUGGUUUCACCGGAAAGUACGUUAUUCGGGAAGCCCUCAAGUUCCUUAACACCCCAAACUCCCCUCUCAAGUCCCUAGCUUUGGCAGGCCGAAGCUCGUCAAGAUUGGCUCAAGCCCUGAAAUGGGCCGCCCAUCCUAACAUUCCGCCCCAAAUUCCUCUCCUUAUUGCCGACACUACUGAUACCAAUUCGCUUACCCGCCUUGCAGGGCAUACGAAACUUAUUCUCAAUUGCGUCGGCCCGUUCCGCCUCUACGGAGAGCCCGUGGUGGCGGCCUGCGUGGAGUCGGGUUGUGACUACUUGGAUAUUUGUGGGGAGCCGGAGUUUAUGGAGAAAAUGGAAGCGAUGUACCAUAAGAAGGCAGUGGAGAAGGGUUCUUUGGUAAUUUCGGCUUGUGGGUUUGAUUCCGUUCCGGCGGAGAUGGGGCUGAUGUUCCAUACCCGGCAGUGGGCUCCACCUUCAGUGCCGAACAUGGUCGAGGCGUACUUGAGCUUGGAAUCGGAUAAAAAAGUGGUAGGCAAUAUUGGGACCUAUGAAUCGGCGGUCCUUGGGGUGGCUAAUGCUGAUAAAUUGAUGGAAUUGAGGCGGUCCAGGCCCCGGAGAGCCAGGCCCAUGAUUCCUGGUCCUGCGCCGAAAAAGGGACCUAUCAUUGAACACCAGAAGAAGCUUGGAAUUUGGGCUGUCAAGCUACCAUCAGCGGAUUCCAUUGUUGUGCGAAGAACUUUAGCAACUCUAACAGAAAAUCCCCGUGGUUUACCUGGUAUUAACGAAAGUGUGGAACAUAUUGAAAAGAGGAAAGCUUUCUGGUCAUCUGUGAAGCCAGCUCACUUUGGAGUAAAGUUAGGAUCAAAAUCUCUGUUGGGAAUAUUCCGUUUCAUUGCAGUCGGGAUGUUUAUUGGGCUCUUUGGUAAAAUUUCUCUUGGGAGAUGGCUUCUCUUAAAAUUUCCAUCAUUUUUCAGCCUAGGCUGGUUCAGGAAGAAAGGACCUACUGAGGACGAAGUGUCAAGUGCUUCCUUUAAGAUGUGGUUUGUUGGGCACGGAUUUAGCGAUGGUAAUCUUGCAUCCAGUGGAGACAAGAAACCAGAUGUUGAAGUAAUAACAAGAGUAACGGGACCUGAGAUUGGAUAUCUUGCCACUCCAAUAAUGCUACUGCAAUGUGCUCUUAUCCUUUUGAAAUCCCGUGAUAACAUGCCAAAGGGAGGAGUUUGCACCCCAGGGAUUAUAUUUGGCCCAACGGAUCUCCAAGAACGUAUGCAAGAGAAUGGAAUAUCUUUCGACUUCAUUUCAAAGAAUGCCAUUUCUGCCUAG